AUGCCUACCUUGAUUCGCAAUUCACUCUGGAAGAGUAUUGCUUUCAAGCGUAUCUGUGUUAGCGUGUUUAUGAUCUGGGGUGCCUUCAAUGCCUUCGAGCAGAUUAUCAACUUCUUCUUCCAGAAUGUACAGCAUCUUUCCAGAGUCGACAAGGCCAUCCGGUUUAUCCCUACUCCGAUCAUGGGCUUGCUUAACACCAUUACAACAGGAUUUGUUUUACGUAGGUGUCGCGUCGACGCCAUUAUCAAUAUCACCACUAUAAUAUCCUGCGUCUCGCCGCUGAUUAUGGCCUUAGUCGAUCCGGUGUGGACCUACUGGAGCUGCGCAUUUGUGGCGAUCUGUCUGAACUCGAUUGCCGCUGACUCCCUGUUCACUGUAUUGGUUAUCCUCAUCGCGGGGGUCUUUCCUGCUGAGACGCAAGGGCUGGCGGCGGAUCACCGACAGCAAUCACAAUUCGAGGAUAAGAGAAUCCCCGAGGCGCUGAUGGUGGGAUACCGUGCGGCUUUCCUGGGCAUUGUUCGGUAUGAAUAUAGCAAGCCUAGUGGUUAG